GGCGGGAAUGACAACCAGCGCCACCACUCAGCUGUUUUUUGAACACAAAAUAAUAAUAAUAAAAGUGUUUUUUUAUUUUUUUUUUUAACGUCAAAAGUCAAAACACACACGUCAAAAAAAGAGACUUUGGAGUGCUUUCGAGUUUAUAGUUUUAUAAAUUCAUUUAAAUGUAAAAAAAGUGACAUUUAAGAGAAUGGAUCAAACUGUUAAAUGUGAAUGUAAAAAAAAUCAGUAUAUUUUUUACCAAAACAUAUUGUAGUCGAUAAUAAAUACAAGUAUUUACAAAAACAAAAAACAAAUAGAAAAAAAAUUUGAUUAUUAUUUAACUUUGACAAUGAAACUAUUUGCAAAGUCAAAAAAACAUUUAACAAAGUGAUGAAGUUUAUCUUUAAACAUAAACUCUUGAAAUAAUUAAUUUCUAAAAAUAAAAUUAGAAAAUCAAGGUCUUUAAAAAUGUCGUCUUCAACAAGUCAUAAAAUGAGGUUGUAUUUUGUUACAUGGAAUGUUGCAACAAAAUAUCCUGAACAAGAUCCAAACCAAAUGCUUGGAAUAAAUCAUAAUGAUACAAAAAAUAUGCCAGAUUUUUAUAUUGUUGGAUUGCAAGAGGUCAAAUCACAACCUCAGAAUAUUUUAAUUGAUUUCUUGACCGAGGAUCCAUGGACAAAAAUAUUCAAAGAGACAUUGAAAAAAUAUGAUUAUGUUAAAAUUCGUACACAAAGAUUACAGGGUCUUGUUUUAAAUGUUUUUUGUGUACGAAAACAUUUAGUACAUUUACGAAUGAUUGAAGCAAGAUACACUAGAACUGGUCUUGGAGGAAUGUGGGGAAAUAAAGGAGCUGUUAGUCUUCGUUUAAAUUUAUACGGUGUGAGUAUUUGCAUCGUAAAUACUCAUUUGACUCCUCAUGAUCAUCUUUUAACUGACAGAAUAUCUGAUUACAAUACUAUCCUCAGGGAGCACUCUUUUCAAGUACCUGAAACUCGUCAUAUCUUGUAUCAUGACUAUGUAUUUUGGAUUGGUGAUUUAAAUUUUCGACUAAAUGGACAAGACUUAACCGCUGAACUGAUUGACAAUUUAAUAAAAAAAAAAGAUCUCAAUAAACUUCUUAACAGAGAUCAAUUAAAAAUAGUUAUGGAACAUGGUGAUGCAUUUGCUGAACUUGUUGAAGAAAAAAUUACAUUUUCACCAACUUAUAAAUUUGAAUUUGCAUCACAAGACUAUGAUUUAAAACGUAGACCAUCAUGGACUGAUAGAAUUUUAUAUAAAGUUAAUACUGAUGUUUAUGAAGAUACAAAACUUGAAGCAAUUCAAAAAAAUUAUCAAAGUCAUCCAAGCUAUAUACAGUCAGAUCACAAACCAGUUACUGCUGAAUUUGAAAUAACGAUUAGACCAGAUUUCGAAAAACAUGAUGGUAUAAUAUUUCAAACAAUAUCAGAAUGGUUUAUUGAUGAACAAAAUUCAGCAUGUUACAGUUAUUUUGGUAAUUUUAAAUCUUCAAAUGUUGAUUGGAUUGGUUUAUAUCAAGAUGGUUUUUCUAGUCUUGAUGAAUACAUUGUUUAUGAAUACGUUAAUCGUACAAAUAGAACAAAUAAUAAUGAAUCAUCUGAUCCACGAUUACUUACUGAAAAAAUUUAUUUUAGUGAAAGUGUCUUAAAAACAGCUGGUAUGUAUCGACUAAUUUACGUUGCUCAACAAGGUGAUGUUGUAUCAGUUUUAGGUAUCAGUCCACCAUUUCCAGGACAUCGAAGAAUUCAAUAGAAUUUAUAAUAGCAUAUUUUUAAUUAAUUACAAUUUUAUUUUCAAGUAUUAAAUGAACAAAUUUUUUAAGGGUUAAAUUAUGAACAAAUUAAUAUGGUACCUGUUUAGAAUGUUAUAUUUUACUUAAUUGAUUUCUUUGUUCAAUUAAGAAUUAUUAUUUUAUUUUUUUUUCAUUAAAAAAAAAUUGUUAUGAUCAAUUUUAGUGCAUAUUCAUAUGAAUAUUUUUAAAAGUAUUUUUGUAAGUGAUGAUAAAAAUUAUUGGAUUCAUUGCUAUAACAUAACUACUGAUGUUUAAUUACAUUGACAACAAAAAGUGACUUUGUUUACAUUCCUAUGACUUGAAAAAAAAGUGUGCGGUUAGAAGCUUUAUCGUUACUAAAUGUUAAUUUUUUUAACUAUAUUUUUUUGGGAAUUGUUAAUUAUUUGACAUGCUUAAUAGUUUUUAUUUAUAAUAAUGCAUAGUUUAAAUUUGUAUCAUUAGGGAAACAGGGAAAUAUAUGAAAUAUUAUUAGAAAUAUUAAAUUUUGUAUUUAGGAGGCAGAUUGGAAUUGAAACAAUAAAAAUAAAAAUGAAUAAUUAUU